AUGUCCCGCAUUCCCCUCCCGUUGCGUCGCCAUGGGCUCUACGUCGCCCCUACCAAACUCUUUUUGUCUCGAUUCCUCUCGAUCUUGUCGUGUUCGGACGAGCAAGUGAGCCGACAACACCAGGUCACUGCUACUACAGUCGACCUCCUCGCUUCGGUGGGGAACACUCCACUUCUCGAACUCUCUACUCUAUCAAGGCUUACGGGCUGCAAGCUGGUAGCUAAAGCAGAGUAUACGAAUCCAAGCGGCAGCAUCAAGGACCGUGUGGCCAAGUCGCUCAUUCUAGAUGCGGAAGAGCGUGGCGUGCUUGAACCAGGAGGAACUAUUAUUGAGGCAACUGGAGGCAGCACGGGAGUCUCACUUGCACUGUUAGGGGCUUCUCGAGGCUACAAGACUCUGCUCACUAUGCCGGAUAUUACGGCGAGCGAGAAGGUGCAGAUGAUGAAAGCUAUGGGUGCACAAGUACGCGUGCUGCCGACUACGUGUAUAUCAGACAAGAACCACUUUUUCAAUGUUGCGCAAUGUCUUGCAGAGACAACGGCGAACGCGUACUGUCCAAACCAAUUUGACAACACGGCCAACAUGCGGGCACACUACGAGGGCACAGCGCCAGAGAUCUGGACACAGGUUCAAGGAGGGAUCCACGGAUUCGUGACGUCGGCUGGAACAUCGGGAACGAUUGCUGGAAUGUCAAAGUUUUUCAAGGAGCGUAACCCGGACGUAAAAGUGUGGCUCAUUGACCCGGAAGAGACUGCGUCCAUGUCUGCGUUUAUCAAUAAUGAUCGGUCGACAAGUUCGAUUGAAAAUGGGUUCGAAGUUGUGCCAAUGGCCGGUGGAUGGACUAUUGCAGAAGGUGUCGCUGCGCUCUCGCGUGUGACCAACAACCUGCGCGAGUCGAUCGUCGACCGUGGGAUUACCGCUACGAAUAAGGAGAUUGUCGAUAUGAGCUACUUCUUGCUACGAAACGAUGGAAUUUUUGUAGGGCCUAGCAGUGCGCUGAAUGUUUUGGGAGCAGUAAAGAUGGCGCGUGAGCUCGGUCCAGGCCACACGAUUGUAACGAUCCUGGCCGAUGGCGGUGUUCGCUAUGGUAGCAAACUGUACAACGAAGCAUGGCUCAAGGAUCACGACUUGCUUCCUCAAGAUGCUGUUGACAAGAAAAGCUCACCGUCACUGGACUUCGUGAGGGGUGUCAGGUUUCCAACGACAGUCUAG